UGACAUAAAAGUUUUCUCUAUGGUUUCGGUUUUGUGGAAGACGCUAAACAUUUUUUUGUUUUCGUAAAACUAUUAUUUGUACAUUGUGACUUAAUCAGCGAAUGUUAAUAUUUAAAAGUGCUUACAUAAGAUGUAUUCGACAACAUCUGAAGACUUGAGCCGGGAUCAAUUGGCUCAGCAAGUUACGAAAUAUCUAAAGAAAAUAGCGGAGAAUCAUCAAACUGUAACUCUAUUACACAAGGAAUUGGUAGAAAUCGACCUGUCCUUUACUGCUUACAUUGAGGAAAGUAAAAAUCGCAUUCAAAACCAUCGUUUGAACCUUGCACGUCAAGCUAAAAGUUCCCAAGACGUAGUCGAAAUACUCUCUGAGAAAUAAUUCAAACCAUGUCAAAAUCUCCAGCUACUCCUCGCAAACAAAACAAUAUUCCCAAAUACAAACUAAAAACAUACAAAGAAGACAAUAACAAUGCCACCAAUAAGUUUACCGAGCGCCAGCAAGCACGCACAUUCAUAUCUUGGUACAAACGCAUGAUUGAACAUGAGAGGCAGAACUUCGGCUUGUAUCUAUCAGAUGACGCCAUCCUUGAGUGGUUCGGCAGAACCAUUAAAACUAGAAAGAAAGUUCAAUCAUUCAUGAGAUAUGACAUGCAGUGCUCCCGCCAUGAUUUUACAACUGUUGAGAGCAUUAAUAAAGUCCAAUUAAGGCAUGAAAGAAUUAUCAAUAAGAGAAAGGAUGAUACAGUUUUAGCUAGUCCUCUGCAUUCACCUGAGCUAAUAAGUUCCAAGUCAUCAGCUAAGAAAAGGUUGCUCAGAUCUAACUGUAACAGCCCUGAAUGGGCAGAGGGUUGCCACCCUGAUGAUAAAAGCACAGAAAGAAAAAGGCUAAAGAGCAGACAUAUUGAAUCUCUGCAUGAAUACCAACAAAAAUGCUUAAAACGUGGUCACCCAGACUGUGAUGUCAGUAGCAAGGGUGAUGGUAUUGUAGAAAGAAGGAUGAAACAAAAGUGUAUUGCUGUCACACCACCUAACCAUGAGCUUGGACAAGGGGAUUGCUUGCCCUCUACAAGCGCCAACACAGCAUCUCAUGAGGCACUUAAUGCUCAGCUGCCAAAGCAUGCGGUAGAGUGUAAUGGGUACAUAGAAUUCACUAGAACUAGAAACAAUCGCAGUACAGACUGCAUGAAAUGGGAAAGGAAAUGUAAAGUACAAAUUAGUUACUCGGAAGACCCAUUGAAUGUUGGGGAGUACAUCAUUUGGUCUUUACAUUAUAUUGACGAAACCAAGUGUAGGAGAAAUCUGAUGGCUGCCUUUGAAGCAGCAGCCCAGGAGGAAGAAUCAAAUAAGAUCAAGUGAUUUUUGGUAUUACAUUUGUGUUUUAGCAUUUUUAUUUUAUAAAGCUAUAUUAUAAAUGAUGCUAUAUUUGUCACAAAAUGCAUGCUGAUAUGGCCGGUUAAUUUGAGUUUUGCAAUUACACAUAAUGCACAUUUUCAUAUACAUUUGCUAACCUUGUGAUAUGAUGGUUAUAUUUUUAUUUGUUACAACAUUUUAUUAUUUUAUGUGUUGUGUUCCUGAUAUAAGAAUAUCUUUACCUUUUGACAGAGCCUUAGGGUGUAUGAACUUGAUGUUAUGAUAGUAUGUUUGUCUUCCAAACUUGCUUCUAAAAAAGUAAAAUAUUGUUAGUGGUACCUUUACUAUAAUUAUUACUUUUAAGUUGACAUUAAGAGAAUAUGUUAUGAAAUAUGAAUAUUGUGAUGAUAAGGUGUAGAUAUUUCUUGUAUUGAUUUUCUGUUCAGCAGAUAGUUUUCGCAUAUACUUAUUAAUAGAAAAAAUGUUAAUUCACAAUGUAAUAACAGUUUGUACUUCAUGUAAUUAGGGUUCCGUACCAAAAGGGUACAAAAGGAACCCUAAUUUUUUAUUGUCUUAAACAAUUUUACCUGUAGUAAAAUGUAAGAUCUCUGUAUGUAUUUUAGUUAUCUUUUGUAGCCAUAUGUCUGACUGAUUAUCAAGUAACUUGUAUUUUUAUAACUCAUGAAGUGCCUCGAAUUGUUUCUCUUGUAAGUCCAGUUUCUUUUCGAUCUCUUUAUAUGACAGUGGUGGACUGGUCAAACUAAGCUGUAUCAUUUAUACUCUUAAUACCUUGUGACUAAAGUCGAUAUUCCUUUGCCAGUACCAAUAUACUGUUAGUUUUACCUCCACCGUUAUCUGACCCCUAGUACAUGUUUUGUAAAAAUAUCAUUAACCUCGCAUCUAUUCAUUUGAUACUUGAUAGAAAAAACUGCUGCUUACCUGUCCAGAAUGUUUAUGUUUCCAAGCCUGACCUAAUUUUUUAUGCAUUAUGGGAUUGGUCCAUAGUCUUUCAGUCAGUAUGACCAGGGGGGCUAACUAAGAUAACAAUCGUUGAUAGAAAACCUUAAUCGAAACAUAAGUAAUGUAUGAAACGUGACUUUUUGGAGCCUCUGUCAUCCCGAUAUUUUUUUUUGUUUGGCUUUUGUCGAUGUACGAUUUGGCUAGGAAAGUCUGGAGGAAAUACCAUGUAUCUAAAUUCUAAAACAAACGCCUAUGUGCUAGGGGGUCCUUUGACCCUUCUGUCACUAUACCACCGAUUUGUUUUUUUAUUCCUAAAGGAUAGUAUGUUUAGUUUUAGUUAUGUAUAGGUUAUAUCUACUCAUUAUGUAUAGAAAGGUGAAAUAAUGUUUAAUUCUUAAAAAAAUAAUGCAAUAGGUAAUUAUGUCAGCCUAAUAUGGCAAUGGAAACCGAAGCCAAAUCAAAAUUUUAUAAAAAUUGACAAUUAAAUAUCAUCAGCAACUCUGUUUGGCUGGCCAAACAUAGAAACACAACUGCCUGGUAUAUUAUCUAAUUAUAAUAGUUUUUACAGCUUUCACAAAGCUUGCCCGCUCAAAAUGUUCUGCAAAAGAGAAUGCUAACCUAAUCCCAAAUAUCGUAUAAAUGGGGAUGGCAACUGUCAAAGGUUUUUAUAGAUGGCGCCGGCAUAGGUUAUACCUGUCUCUUCUCUAGUUUUCUGAGAUUUGGCCAGGCCAUUAAAAUGAAUUUAACACUAUGUGUAGGAUUGGCAGGUAAAUCCAAUGCUGGCGCCAUCUGUAAAAUCUUCGACCCGCCAACCCCAUUCAGAUUCAUGAUUGUGUUGAAACGUUUUCUUUAACAUGUUCAGUGCCAGCGCGAGCUACGCGCUUCGAGCGUAGCCAAUAACAUGGGAAAAAUGUAUGUAGCGAAAAACGGCUAAGACCAGAGAAUCCGCCUGGCGGGUCGCUGGCAGGUCGCUGGCAGUGAAUGUGUUGAGAUUUAAGGCCUGCGCAAACCGGCGGAGCAACAACUAACAAUCCUCCGUGAUGCUCCGGGGUCGGUCUCAGGCUAUUCAAAAGUAUACCUUAAGGUAAUUGAAAUAGGGAAGAAUUUACAUUGAUAAAUUAAAGUGAUCAACACUGCGUUCUGCCGGUUUGCGCAGGCCUUUAUGAUCUUUCUGGGUACCGCUAAGUUAUCUACAGAUCAUAUGAGCACUUCUACUAAUAACUAUAUUAAAAAGUAAAAACAAUAGUUAUUGUAUGGCUGUCUAUUUUACUAGCGCUCUCUAGCGAAAGAUGGCUGUACUAAAAAUUGUACCUAUAUUUUAAACUUGAAUGCUAUGCGUCAGCGUCAUUAUAUACGAGAUCACGAGCGCAACCGUGCUAAUACAAACCUUAAUUGAAAGUGAAGGUUUGACAUCGUGCGCUAUUAGUUCUUGGCGCUGUGCGAACAACUACUUAUUGGCGUUAAAAAGUAUACUCCAGUUGAUGUUUAGUUUCGGUUUAAAAUUAAUUCAGAAUUAUUUUAAAAUAGUAUAGUUUUACAUUAUGACGUAUUUAAUAAUUAUAAAAUAAUUACUCAAUUAUUUAUAGAAUUUCAGUAACUGAAAAUGAUUUUAUUGACAUGCAUUGUUAAUGAAUAUUGAGAUUUAGCCUGUAUCUUUUAAGUUGUUAGUUCAUUACUUGAAGUAAUGAGAGAACGGAUUUUUGUUUCAUUAUGCUAAAGUGUAUAAGCUCAAUAAACCUGUUAAAAUAAA